GUAUUGAGAUUUUCUUCAUCAUUUUAGGGUCAGAGGUGAUCAAAGCUUGUCCAACCAGUGAUAACAACUUUCUUGUUGUGUUGGAUGAACAGCACAUGUUAAGCCUAUGGGAUAUAUCAUCACUGACAAUGGUUGCCUUUUGGCAUUUCCUUGCGGUUGAUGACUUUCUUUUGGUCAGCACUAGUGAUGUUAAAACCAACACAGCCAGUUCUGAAGAGGAGCACAAGAUUAUUAUUUUAACUAAACCAGCAAACUCUCAGGAAAAGCGUUUUCUUCAAGUGUACACCCUACCAACAAUGAAACAGACUUACUCCUUACAGGUCUCCAACACAUGCUUCCUUGCUCACAUUACAAGCAAUCAGGAAACCAUCUAUUUUACRGAGGCAGUGCAAAAAUUUGAUGAUGAUAAUGAAGACGACACUGUGACACUGAGGAUUAGAUGUCUAACUGAAGCUUUGCCAGAAAAUAGGUUUUACAGACUUUUACACAAACAUCAGUUUGAUGCUGCAGAGAAAUUUGCCAAGCAAUUCAAAUUAGACACUGAGCUUGUCUAUAAAGUAAAAGCCAACACUCUACUGGAUAAGGUUUCACAAUGGAGCAGUAGCCAGGAUCAUGAAGACUUUGACUUUGAGGAACUGAAGCAAUGCUUGUCUAAAAUUCAGGAAGAUGAUUAUGUGAUCAACUGCUGUCUUCAAGCAGUGUUUCCUACAGUAGAAGAAACAUACACUAUACUUCAGUAUGCAAGAGAGAGGGCAUCAAAAAGAGAUAAGUCAUCUGGAAUGAUAUGUCAUCCUCAUCUCCACAAUGAGAUCCUUGGUGUGCUAAAUAAACUCGUCACUUUUGAAAAUGCUUAUGGAAUUCAGCAGUUUAGUGGUUCAAGAUGGCAUAGUUUCCAGCAUGCUGAUCUUCUUGAUGAAGUAAAGUCAUGUUUUGGUCAGGGUGAAGUAUCAAGUGCUGUCAUUAUUUGGAGAAGACAUCAAAGUUCAUUUUSUAAAGACUUCAAUGCAGARAAACUGGAAUCACUUUUUGGGUCCAUUGGGCAACACUUGCAGUCUUCYCUGAUUGUUCCUUGGCUACGUGAUCAUCUUGUUCCAUUUGUAUGCAAAGUUCUCCCCGAUGGUGUUGAUCUGUUGGCAUCAUGGCUGGAUCAGAGGGCAAGGAAAAUGGAGCUUUCAGAAAAAAAAGGUUGGCCAGCUAACGCUCUUGAGUUGGUCAGGGUCCUGCCAGCUCCAACUUAUGAUUCGUCUGCCAAAAAAGAUUCUAACACAACUUCAACAAAAGAGAGUGGAUUGGCACGUCUUGCUGAACUAGUUCACGGUCUGAGUGAGCUGCAAGAGCUGCAUGAAAAGUACAGUUGUCGCAUUGGUCUUGCUGAAUACACUGAGGAGACAACAAAGACUAUCGUGUUUCGACUUCUUGAUGGUGUCAAAGCUGCUGAGCUUCUCCCUCAAGCCAUGAAGAAGUACAUU